CCCUGUGGCGAACGUCUUUUAUAAUCAAGCAGACCGUAGCAACUCAAUUCGCUUGGGAUCAACCAUCCAUCUAAACUGAUUAUCUCUUUCACUCAAGCUAAAAGGUUCUCUUUCGUCGUCUAAAGUCCUGUUUUUAAAAUGUCAGAUAUGUUGUUUAAGUUGUUAUUUGCUUUUGCGUCGCUUCAUUUAGUUUAUUCCGCCGGAGAGAUAUUCUACUGGCCUCUCAGUCAGACGACUGUGUCGGGGACCCUCAAGAACACAUCGUGUACAUCACUUAGCUCCGGCAGUACCGUACAAGGAGGAAAUGUGCGCACGAUCGAGGGUCCAAACACCACCGCUAGCGACCCGGCCUUGUAUCUUGACAGCGCGAACUGGGUCAACCUCGGCGACUUCAGGGAUACUUGUAUAAGCAACCCUGCUCUCUGCCCCGGGGGUAUGACGUUAACGUUCUGGCUCUACAUCAAUCAUACGACAUCCGGGAAUCGAAAUGUCCUCAUGACGGGGCGAUUUGAUAAUUCCCGCGGAUUCAUGGUGUUCAUCGAAUCAGUUCAUACAAACAUCGUUAUUUGCGACGGCACAAAGCGAUAUCCAGUCGACAUUGGGCUCCCUGUGGGUUGGAACCACAUCGCUGCGAUCUACAAUCCCAGCGGUCUUACCUCGCAGGACAAGUUCUUCGUGUACGUGAACGGCACGGACAAGCACACCUCACGCUACUCCACCACGUGCACGUACAGCGACCCGGACACCCACCUCAUCAUCGGACACGAUGCCACCACAGGGUCCCCAUCCGGACGGGCCGUGUCCCUGACCGGACUGGCGUUCUACUAUAGUGUGUUGCCGCAGGCUAACGUGCAGGCUCAGGCCAAUAGCCCUGGCAUCGGACUUGAGCUCGACUGCCCUCCACCAACUACCCCGUCCUCGGCAACUACCGCCUCUGGGGGAGGGGGUUUGGGUGGUUCCGGUGGCUCUGGCGGUUCCGGCGGAAGUGGCGGCAGCUCAGGUCAGACUGGGGAUAAGGACGGCAAGACUCGCUCUCCUGUUGUCCUUAUUCUGCUCUCCGUCUCGCUCUUCAUCCUCGUUGUCAUGGUGAUCAUCCUCAUUAUUGCGUGCUGCAUCAUCAUGCCCAAAUUUAGUGGAAAGGGCUACAAAGUUCUGUAAGCUGAAAAAACUGGAUUGGACUGGAAUGAUCUACAAGGGAAAGAGAAGAAUAGACUAUAUUUAUUAUAGAAGAGUAUGCCCUACACUAGGUCAAGAGGUCGGACGAGGUCGGACUUCUGGCGAGCACUCUUCUUAAAGGGGAUACGUCAUUCAUUUUGCGUGGGCCACGGUUUAUUCGAUAAUCCGGCAUUGGACGAUGAAUUAUGCCAAAAGUCCCAUAUUAUUCGUUGUGGUUCGCUGGUUCACUGGUUCCACUGUGUUCAUCCAAUGAAACUGUAUAGAAAAGCGCCAUCAACGAGUAGUUUCAUGGGAAGCUUAAAACUUGUGCAAACUAGCUGGGCUAUUGUUAAUAUAGCCACAACUUUUUAAGACAGAAUAAGAUUGAUUUUAACGCGGUAUAUUUGAUAAAAUAUAUUAAAUAUUUGUACAUUUUGGAUAAACAAUAGCUUAAAAAGACUUAGUCGACUGUUUUAACAAAGUAUCCAUACUUUUCAUAUGUAUGCGGAAAUGCAUGAAACAAUCAUGUUGCCCCUGCUUGCCCAACGUUUCAGGGUAGAAGAAGGGAUUACAUCGGCUCCAACGGUGAAAAUAUCAAUAUAGAUGGCCCGGGUUUGUUAGUUGUUUGGGAGUAUGAACAUCAAGCUAGCUCCCAAGGUCGAUUUAUCCUUUUAGAAACAGGAGUGUGGCUAGGGGUGGUCGCAUGGGCGAAGAAUCGGCCAAUCAUAUCCAUGUAUUGUUAUGACUGCGCAUGAGAAUCGCCCAAUCAUAUCCAUGUAUAGUUAUGACUGCGCAAGAGAGAUAAAGGGAAUAAGACGUCAGUUUAAAAUACCAACAUGAUAUUGUAAAUGAAUGUAAAAAUGCACGAUUUCCUUACCAUGUAAAUCUUCGUAGCAAUCAAUCGAAUGAUCAUCAUUUUUUUAUAAUCUUACAUAAUUGUUUAGGUUUAGGGUUUUUAGUUGAAUUGUAUUAAGAUCAAAACAUCAGCUAGACAAAUACAACUUCCAUUCUUUAUUUGGUUUGAUAAAAGCCGCAUUUUACUUAUUCUACUAAACAGGAAGUACUGUAUAAAAUGCUAAGUAUCUUUUUUAACUCUGUGUACAUAAAGGACUAGAAUCGGAGGUAAGAUGUACUAUAGAAAUAUUGCAUGUGAUAUCAAUUAAAAUAUGAUAAAAAGGAGAGAACAUUUUACAUCUUUUUAACAUUUUGUAUUGAAAAAUAAUUGUGGCAUGAUAUUAUUUUUAACGUUAUCAAGUAACGUUAGGUCGAAAAGCAGUACCCAGCAAAGGCAUAAAGUUUAACUUAGUAAUUGAGAAGGACCGCCAUGUUUGCACAGUUGCACAACACAAUAAAAAUGUCUGGUUGAGAAA